AGUCUUCUUUCGUUCUUGACCUCCAUCCUUACGGUCUCUCCCCCUUCUCCCAUCGACGCUUUACAGAGCUACGAUUCUCGCACAAAAAACAAAAGACCAAAGCCAAAAAUUGUCUAAGUUCUGCUAACGUUUAUGUGCUCUCUCUUGUUAUUGUUAGCAAGAAGUUGUAAAGUAGAAAGCUGAUUGUGAUUGGCGGUCGCACUCACACAUAACACGAGAAGUAAUUAAACGUAUAGGUUUUCUUUCGGGCCCCUCAUCCGCUAUACGAAAGUAUAUCCAGUUUUUUUCGUGUACAAAUAGACCGGAGACUUCCGUUCUCUUUGUGGGGCUUUUUGAAAUUACGAAUCCUCCCUUGUUGGUUUGCUCGCUAGUUCACCAUGGCCAGUUUGGGCCAUCUGUGGGAUAGCAUCCGCCAGCAGAAUGUUGCAAACCUCCUCAGUGCCCCUGCAUCUGUUCCAGGCCUGUUUUGUGCCUUUGUUGUUGCGUCAGCUGUGUCGUGGAGUCUGCUCUUCUUGUCGUGGUGGCUCUUAGCGCUGCGCUCGCGACUCGUGCGUGGGUACUCGACGACGUGUCUGUUGCUGAUUGAAAUGGCGUCCGCCAACGUUGCCGCGCUAGGCCACUUUGUACUUCUUUUUUUCGCCGUUUACCGGCAGCUGCCGCCGUGUCGGCUGUUCAGGGGCUGGCGUCUGCGUUGCCGUCGCAGCGGCACUGCACGAUCGCCAAGCUCGCAUGGGCAGGAAAGCAAAGAAAUGUCGGUGCAGGACAGCCACAGUGCAGUUUUGUUUGACGAGGAAGCGGAGGGACACGCACGCGGCGCGGCGUCUACCGUGGCCAUCCCCGUUGGCAGCGUUGGAGGGCUGCAGCAACGUGCGACUUCACGGUUGCCCGCUUCGCCGAGUUUGAACGCGAGGACUAGCUCGUCCGGAGCGGCACCCCUACUCGGGGAUGCGGGCUUUGUGAUCGGCGCCGUUCCGCGCAACAACUCAUUCGGCUCGCGGAAAACACAAGAGCAGUUAGCGCGACACUUCCCCUACGUCGUCGCCGCUGUGACGCUUGCAAUCUUCUUUAUUCACGUUAUCAUACACAUAACAAUUCCAAGCGCUCACCGGCAGUCGCAGGAGCUUCUCCUCGGUCUCGUCCGUGUUUGUGUGGAUGUGUUAUUGUUGACAGCGUGUGAAAUCUCCAUCGCACUCCGACUGGAGAAGGUGGCGGCGCAGUCGAGUCGAAGCAGCGGCGGUGCUCGUGUGUCGUACGUGCGAGCAACACUGUAUCUGUGCGGAGCUAUCUUUGCUGCCUGCACCUUCUACACCCUCACCCGCUUCUUCUGGCUCGUUUUCACCGUGGACACUCUUGAGCACCUGAAGAGCGGCGUGAUGCACUCCUUUGACAUCUGUGCCAAGGAGGGCAUGCGGAUGGACCCAGGCAUGGCGACGUCGUGGGUGUGGCCCGCAUUGACGCAUCGCCGGCUCUUCAACUUCUGGACAGGGAGCGAGAACUGCUCUCGCGCGAGUGGGUUGGCAUCCCUCUCGUUCCUCGAUGCGAAGGAUCACGUUCUGCUCGUCUCUCCGUUGUGCCCCGGUGGUGCGCGUCCCCACGUGUACCUGCAUCGGCCAGAGAACAAUGAGUUUUCCGGAAGUCCCGACGUGAGGCUGCCCGAGACGGAGCGCGGCAACUUGGAGUACCAUAGGCAGCUAGAGGCGCUCUACGGGACUGCGGCCCUGGCAGCGUCGCGCAACGUCACCGUGAAUCGUGAUGCAACCACGCACCGAAUCCUCUCUGUGGAAGUCGACCCCGAAACACUCCCGUCGCAGCCGCGCGAGCCACGGACGCCCGACGAGCGUGCCGCCCGCCAGCUGUGGCCGCAAGGCGGAAACAAUGUGCUCCUGGUGCCCUUGGGUUUGUCCGCCGCCUACACCGUGUUGUGCGAGAAGCCGGAGCACGAGGAGUACCACCUGUUUCCGCUGAACGACGCCUUGCUCGACGCGUACAGUGUUGGCGUCAGGGGGGUGCGGGAGGCGCAGUGUGUCCCGCAUUGGAGGCGCGCCGGCCGCAGCGCUCCGCCUCCCCCACUGCCCCCGGGCGAUGAGCCGGCAGGGAAUGUGUUUGUUAUGUUGUUCGACGCGGUCAGUCGACAGGAGGUUCGGCGCGCGUUGCCGAAGCUGAGCCGUGCGCUGGCCGACUUUGCUGCACACGGCUCCACGCGCCACCACGUUGUUGAGGCGGAAGGGGCGAUGACCCUCGGUGUGAACACGGCCGCCAACCUUGUUCCUUUUAUAGCCGGCAUCACCGCCAACGCGGCGGGACUGCCACAGGAAGCAAAAUUUACCGGCACAUCCUUUAUGGAUCGCGCCGUGUUUGUUCGUGCCAAAGAAAAGUACGGCGACACGCUGAGUACCGCCUUCACGUCUGCCUUCUGCCACGAUCUCUUUGAGUACUUAAUGGGCUACACCGUGCCAAGCAGCGGUGCUGGAGGUCGGGUCACGGGCAUCGACCGUUACAUGUACCAGCCCUUCUGCCACUUGGACUACUCCGGCGUGCACAGCAACUUCAUAGGUCCGUACAGUAUCCUGCGUCGCUGCAUGGCGGGCGAGGCGGUGUGGGAUCACAUGGUGAACUACACGGAGGCGGUUGUGGAAAGGCAGCUGGAGAACUGUGGGCGCGCGAUAAAUGCAUCGUCGCGGCGCCGCGUCCGCACCGGCGACUGCCACGAGACGAUGCCAGAGGGAAGCUACGGCAAGCACUUUUUUCAUGUAAUGUACAUGACGGAGGGCCAUGAGGGUACGCACAGUGUCAUGCCGCUGGUCGAUGAGAGCCUCACGCGGUUUUUCCACGACCUGCGCUUCAAACUCAAGUUCUUUGACAACCCUCUCAACACGUUCAUCCUCCUGGCGGACCAUGGCAACCACAUGGGCCACUACUUCCAGUACACCCGCGCCGGCCAGUUCGAGCGAGGGACACCGCCAACAGUGCUGGUGAUCCACCCCGAGGUGCUGAACCGCAUUGACAGGAACAAAGGCCGCGGCCUCAACGUCUCCAUACAAAACCUGCUCCAGCGCACGCAGCGUGUGUCGACGCCGUUGGAUGUGUACCUGACCCUGGCGGAUCUGCUGAAUGUGCGAGCGGAAGUGUACUAUAAGUACGGCGCUGCUGGCGUCGUCCACCCCGCCUCUCUGUUUGACAUGCGCGAUGCUGCAUCGACGGCGCGGGCACGCAACUGCUCUCAGUUCUCCUCGGACGUUGAGCACUACCCGUGUCCGCUGGACUUCUGCCGGCCAGUGUAG